AUGAAAUCAGUUCUGAUCGCUAAUCGUGGUGAAAUAGCCGUUCGAGUGGCUCGAACAUUACGUCGAAUGGGCAUUGAAAGUGUUGCAAUUUAUUCAGAAGCUGAUCGAAAUUCUGUUCAUGUUCGUGUCGCUGAUCGAUCAAUUGAAUUAAAAGGAUUUCCAUCAAGUGAAAUUUAUUUACAAAGUCAAUUAAUAAUUGACAUAGCAAAAGAAGAGAAAGUCGAUGGAAUCUUUCCUGGUUAUGGAUUUUUAUCUGAAAAUGCUGAAUUUGCUCGUCAAUGUGAAAAAGAAGGAAUUUGUUUUAUUGGACCAACAAGUGAACAAAUUUAUCAAUUUGGUUUAAAACACAUUUCAUAUGAAUUGGCUUGUGAAGCAAAAAUUCCAGUUUUACCUCGAAGUGAACUUUUAAAUGAUAUUGAAGAUGCAAAACGACAAGCUUUACGUAUUGAAUAUCCUAUAAUGUUAAAAAGUACAGCAGGUUCAGGUGGUAAAGGAAUGUGUCAAUGUUGGAAUGAAAAAGAUUUAGAAAAUGUUUAUGAAACAGUUCAACGAUCAGCACAAAAAUAUUUACAAAAUGAUGGUCUUUAUGUGGAAAAAUAUGUUGAACAUGGUCGACAUAUUGAAAUUCAAAUCUUUGGUGAUGGAAAAGGUUUUGUUCGUUCAUUUGUUGAACGUGAUUGUUCUUUACAAAGAAGAAAUCAAAAAAUAGUUGAAGAAUCACCUGCAACAAAUCUUUCUGAUGAAAUUCGAUGUGCAAUGAGUAAUGCAGCUGUUCAACUUGCGUCACUUGUGAAAUAUCGAUCAGUUGGAACAGUUGAAUUCAUUUUAGAUGAAAAAUCAAAGAAAUUUUAUUUUCUUGAAGUUAAUUGUCGAUUACAAGUUGAACAUCCAAUAACAGAAAUGAUUUAUGGAAUUGAUUUAGUUGAAUGGAUGAUCAAAUUAUCAUCUAAUGAACAAAUUGAACAAUUAAAAGAUUUUCCAAAACCAAUUGGUUGUGCAAUUGAAGUUCGACUUUGUUCAGAAAAUCCUUUAAAUGAUUUUUGUCCUUCGACAGGAAAAAUUUAUGAAAUUAAAUUUCCUCAAACAACAAAAAAUAUUCGAAUUGAUACGUGGAUUUGUAAUGGAAUUGAAAUUUGUUCAUUUUAUGAUUCGUUAUUGGCAAAAAUUAUUGUUCAUGGACAAAAUCGACAAGAAACAAUUGAAAAACUUUCUUUUGUUCUUCAACAAAUUCAUCUUUAUGGAAUUGAAACAAAUUUACAUUUUCUUCGUCAAUUAAUUUCAUCGAAUUUCUUUCUUAAUGAACAAAAUCUUUCGCUUCAGUUUUUAACCAAAGUAUUUCAUUAUGAACCAAAAGGAAUUGAAAUUCUUCAAAGUGGAACAUUUACAACAAUUCAAGAUUAUCCAGGUCGAAUUGGAUUUUGGAAUGUGGGAAUUCCUCCAUCAGGUCCAAUGGAUCAUUUUGCUUUUCGAAUUGCAAAUCGUUUAAUUGGAAAUAAAGAAACGACUUCUGCACUUGAAAUUACUCUUCAUGGUCCUCAAAUUCGUUUUCAUCAAUCAACAACAAUUGCAAUUACAGGUGCAACGAUGAAAAUUACUCUUGAUAACAAAUCAAUUCCACUUUGGAAACAAAUCUUUGUUGAAAAAGGACAAAUUUUAGAAUUUGGAAAACUUAUCGAUGGUUGUCGAACAUAUUUGGCCGUUCGAGGUGGUUUCGAUGUUCCUUCAUAUCUCGGUAGUCAAUCAACAUUUGUUCUUGGGCAAUUUGGUGGAUUUGCUGGUCGAAUUUUACAAUCAGGUGAUUUUCUUUUUCUCAAUUCACCGAUUUCCAAUGAAAUUCCAUUGAAUUUGCCCAUGGAAUUCAUUCCUGUUUAUCCCAAUAGACAAAAGCAAGAAAAAUGGUCAAUUGCUGUUCUUCAUGGCCCACAUGGUUCACCUGAUUUCUUUUCUUCGGAAUUUAUUCACGAAUUUCUUCAAUCAACAUGGAAAGUUCAUCAUAAUUCGAAUCGGUUGGGAAUUCGUUUAAUUGGACCAAAACCAAUUUGGACACGACAAUCAGGUGGUGAUGCAGGUCUUCAUCCUUCAAAUAUUCAUGAUUGUCAAUAUGCUAUUGGAAGUAUCAAUUUUACUGGUGAUUCACCUGUCAUUUUAACUCAAGAUGGACCAAGUUUAGGUGGUUUUGUUUGUCCAUUUACAAUUAUUCAAGCAGAUCUUUGGAAAAUUGGUCAAUUAAAACCAAAUGAUCAAAUUCAAUUUUAUUCAAUUUCAUUUGAUCAAGCUUUAACUUUAGAAAAACAACAAAAUCAUUUCAUUUCUACUUUAUCUUCCCCUGCUCCUUCUCCUCCUCCGUCUUUACAAUCAUUUCAGUGUAUUCUCAAAGAACUCAAAGAAACAUCAACACAACCACGUGUUGUUUAUCGACAAGCAGGUGAUCAUUACAUUCUCAUUGAAUAUGGAUCAAUGAAUUUAGAUUUACAUCAUCGAUUUCGAAUUCAUUUCCUUAUGGAACAACUUGAGAAAGAGAAAAUCCAAGGAAUUCAAGAAAUUUCUCCUGGCGUUUCUUCACUUCAAAUUCAUUUCGAUGGAAAAAUUCUUCAUGAAUAA